AUGAUUUUCAAAAUACUUCUUUUUUGUUCUGCUUCUGUUAACGCAGACUGGCGAGAAAACUUUAAAGAAUUCGGCGACUGGGUUCUUCGCCGCGCGGAAACCCUACCAGCCGCUUGUCAAACCAUGAACGACGAGUUUUUUCCCGCUUUCUUGGCUGACGCAAAGAAUAAAGCGUAUUUCUGCCUGGCUUUUGAAGGAAAAGAGAGUGAUGAGCAGAUGAAUUCCGUCGGCGAAGUGUUCAGAGCCCUGUAUUGUCAGGAUUCAGCGGAUUUGGGGUAUCCUUGCUCGCCGGAUUCAAGCUUGAUUUUGGCGAAAGCGGUAUCGGUUUUGCCUGAUCGGGUUAUGUACGGAAUCGAGGUCUCACUUGGAAUCAGCACAAGAAGAAGGCCAAAGUUCAUUCAUACAAAGUGGAAUAUUUCUCAUUCUGAUCCCGAAUUCGAUUUCACCCCAAGAUCAGAGGAAGUCGACAUCGCCCGGUUAACGAAAAACGUAGCUUGUGGCAAGGCAGACCUUUUGAGAGACGCUUGGGUUGGCGAUUUAGGCACACAAAUGGCUAGUAAAGGAGGGUCAGAAAAUGUGCAUAUUGCUAUCACCUGGUGCGAUGAAAGGUUCAUGACGGAUUCUCCCGAACAAAUUUUCAACCGUGUUGGAUUCACUAUCUACACUUCUCCUGACAACGAAGCUGACGCUCUUGAUCUGAAGUACUUCUAUCACUGGGACAGGGACAACUUGCGAUCGAGACAGGUGAAUUCAUGGAAGCCCUUUUUGUUUUCCCAAUGCUGCUCGACUUUCGUCAUCGCGCCAUGA